AUGGCGAACACGACUCUCUCUCCGUCGGAAUCGCGAGUCUCCUCAACCGCCUCGGCAGCCAGACCGUUUGCUGGGAGUCGAGCCUAUACCGCCCCGGACAAGAUGGCGGUCAAUGGCCACUUUGCCUCUGUCGGGCAAAACGGGGACGCGAACUUUGAGAAUGGGGUGCAGGUGAUUGAUGAGGACAAAGAGUUCAAUCCCGACCUUGCAAAGUAUCUCAAUUACUCCGGAGUUUCCCACGCCGGGUUCAAUUACCACCUCAUCUCCGUUUUCGGUUCGCAGUCGACCGGCAAGUCCACACUUCUAAAUGCUCUCUUCAGUACCGAUUUUUCCGUCAUGUCCGAAUCAGAAAGACGUCAGACUACAAAGGGAAUCUGGCUGGCCAAGAACAAAUCAGCCUCGACCAAAAUGGCAGCCAACAUCUUAGUCAUGGAUGUCGAGGGUACAGAUGGCCGCGAAAGAGGCGAGGACCAAGAUUUUGAACGAAAAAGCUCCCUGUUCGCACUGGCGACCAGCGAAGUGUUGAUGGUCAAUAUCUGGGAGCAUCAAGUCGGCCUGUACCAAGGCGCCAAUAUGGGCUUGCUCAAAACCGUGUUCGAGGUCAAUCUACAACUUUUCCUUAAGGAUAGAAAGUCAACCUCCCGCAGCCUGCUGUAUUUUGUCAUUCGAGAUUUCCUGGGAACCACCCCUCUGCAGAAUCUGCGGAAUACUCUGAUGCAGGAUCUGGGGCGCAUCUGGUCGAGCCUGUCGAAACCACCUGGCUUGGAAAAGAGUAGCAUCGACGACUAUUUUGAUUUUGCCUUCACAGCUCUGCCACACAAAUUGUAUCAACCAGAACAAUUCAAGGCAGAGGUUGCGAAGAUGGCGACGCGUUUCAAUGAGGGUCGCCGCGACCCACGCCGGGAUGCCCUACUAGGCGAAUUCGAAGGUGGCAUUUUUCUAUCAGAAUAUCAUCGAAGAAUCCCUGCAGAUGGCUUCUCUCACUACGCAGAGGGCAUUUGGGAUCAAAUAGUCAACAACAAAGAUCUCGACCUACCGACCCAGCAAGAACUUUUGGCACAGUUCCGAUGCGACGAAAUCAUGAGAGAGGUGAUUGUCGGGUUUGAUGUUGCCAUAAGUCCCUUGGAGACCCAACAAGCGGAGGCCACCAGGAUGGGUAAACCCGAGGUCAUUGCUGGUCUCGGCGCCGCAACAAAAGCUGCCAGACUCGAAGCGAUUAGAAACUUCGAGACGGAAGCGAGCAGGUAUCACAAAGGCGUCUAUCAGCGGAAACGAACCGAGCUGGAAAGUAAGAUCGAUACGCGACUCAAGGCACUCUUUGCCAGUCAACUGACUGCCGCACACAAGGAUGGCGUGCAACAAUUUUCCGAUGCCGUCAGUGCCGCCGUCAAGGCUGGACAAAAAAAAGGAGCGUCGUAUGACUUUGCCGAAAUUGUGAAAGAGCAAAAGGAGUCUGCCAUUCACAGAUUCGAAUCUCAUGCCAAAGAGGCUGUUAUCGAGGGCUUGCCAUGGUCCAACUACAAGCAGGAAAUGACGCUGUACCGGAAGGAUCUCGACAAGGUCUCUGGACAAUUGCGUCGUGAUGAGAUGCGCCGACUAGCCACGAGGGUGGAGAGAUGGGUCCGGAGCAAACUCAACGACAGUGUUGGCCUGGAGUUCAAUGCAUUGGGGUCCGGCCGCGGUGGUUCCGCAGCUCCUGAAAAUGGAGACAGGCCCUCAGAAAGAGAAACCUGGGACCGCAUUUGGGCUUUGUUCACUUCUACGGUCCAGGAAGCUGAGAAACGAUUUGCCGACCGCGCCGCUUCGUUCGACGCCAGUGCCGACGAAGUCGAUGUUGGUAUAUGGCGACUUCGGAGGAAGUCCUGGGGCGUGUUACGUUCCAAGAUCGACGAAGAAAUGAUGGAAGGUAAUCUCUUGCUGAAACUUCGAGAGAAUUUCGAGGAUAAAUUCAGAUACGACGAAGCGGGUGUGCCUCGGAUAUGGCGUCCGACAGACGACAUCGAAGGCAUCUACACUAAAGCCCGAGAAAGCACUUUGACGCUGAUACCACUUCUGGCUCGUUUCCGGCUUUCGGAAACCGGAGCACCUCCACCUCUUGAUCGAUGGAUUGGACCCACGCCUGCCACAGCCACUGCUGCGGACGAAGAAGAUUUGACUCCCAUCGGUGGCGUGGAUGAGGAUGAGGGGAAGAGUUUGGAGGAAGAAACCACGAUUCUCAACGAAGCCAAGCGUCAAGACCUGACUGUUCGAUUCAAGAAGGCUGCCGACGGUGUCUACGUGGAAGCCAAACGUAGUGCGAUUGGUGGAAUGACCCAGGUGCCGUUAUAUUUCUACGGCCUGUUACUGGCGCUGGGCUGGAAUGAGAUUGUAGCCGUCCUCCGAAACCCGGUCUAUUUCAUGUUUCUGAUCAUUCUUGCCAUCGGCGCCUACGUCACCUAUACACUGAAUCUGUGGGGCCCGAUGCUCAAGAUGGCCAACGCAGCGUCCCAGCAAGCUCUUGAAGAAGGCAAGAAACGGUUACGAGAGUUCUUGGAGGAGAGUCCCCGGGCGCGCCAGGCCAUGGCCAUGACGGGCCACGAGGAAUACGAGAUGAAGAGCAUGAGCUCGUCCAGGCCCGCCAGAGUCAAGACUGACGACGCCGAUGACGACGAAGAUGUUGAUGAGAUUUAG